CAUAAGAACUUCAGGCAAUAACAAAAACAACGCACACACACAUACAUAACGGCAACUCACGCUCCGCCGCUGCUGUCACUCCGCGAGAGCAAAACUUAAGAGUGUCAAAACGUCAAAAAAUAAAAACAACGAUUAGUGUGGGAGUAGUAACAGAGAGUAAGACAGAGAGUGGGACAGCGAGACGCCUGUUAAAUGCUGAGCGCGCGCAAAGAUAAAACAUAACAGCAGCAGCAGCAGCGACGUCGACAGCGGCUGUUCUAAGGCUCGCGCAUAACUCGUAACGGCGCCGAGCGCGACACUUCGGGCCACGCAUAACAACGUUUACAAACAAACAGAGACAGAAUCAAAUCAUCGUUCAUCGCCUCGCAAAGGGAGGUGCAGUGUGCCGGCGCGCGCAGAACAAGUGAAAACGAAAUCGAAACUGAAUCUGCAAAGAAGUUUGGUUAUAAUAGAAAGCAAAAGCAAAAGCCAGAAGUGUGCGCGCCACAUGUAACGGCAUACAAAAAGCACAAGCACAACUCGUAAAGUAAAACACAAUUAUGGUGGACAACAACAGUAAUGCGGCAGCUGGUGGUGGAGCUGGUGCAGCUGGUGUUGGCAGCACGGCGGCACGCCUGCGCAAAUUCGAGCGCACCGAAAGCGAACUGGCCUGCGAGGAGGCGGCGCGUCUAACUGCCGAGCAGAACGACAACAACAGCCCAGAGGAUGACAACGAUGAGGAUGAUGACGACGAUGGUGAGGGUGGCGAUGAUGAUGAGGAUGAGGUUAGCGUCUACGGUGAAUUGCCGCCACCGCCGGACGGUGGCUAUGGCUGGGUCAUAUGCUUCGCCAGCUUCAUGUGCAACAUGAUUGUCGAUGGCAUCGCCUACACAUUUGGCAUAUUCCUCGAGGAGUUUGUCGCCUAUUUCCACGAGGGCAAAGGCACCGUAGCCUGGGUGGGCAGCCUCCUAUCCGGCGUCUAUCUGAGCGCCGGACCCAUUGUCUCCGCCCUGGCCAAUAAAUAUGGUUGCCGCGCCGUUUGCAUUGCGGGCAGCGUGAUUGCCUGCAUCGCAUUCGUUCUAUCGACGUUCAGCACAUCGGUGAGCAUGCUAAUGGCAACCUAUGGAUUCAUGGGCGGCUUUGGCUUUGGCAUGAUCUAUUUGCCGGCUGUCGUCGCCGUCGGCUAUUACUUUGAGACGAAGCGUUCGCUGGCCACGGGAAUUGCGGUGUGUGGCUCGGGCUUUGGCACCUUUGCCUUUGCCCCCCUUGCCACAUAUUUGCUGGAGGAGUACGGCUGGAAGAAUGCGUUGCUCAUCUUUGCCGGUCUCAUAUUGAAUUGUGCCAUCUUUGGUGCAAUGAUGCGUCCACUCACGUAUCCCAAAAAGAAGCGAGUGAAACCGCUGAUGCAGCGCAUGUACGAGGAGAAACAGAUGCAGCUGGAGCGUGGCUCGUUUGCCGGAUCACAUUUUAUGGUCCAGCUGCCGGAUGGCACCAUGGAGCGUAAGCUGAAGAUGCCUAUCAAUGCGGAUCCGGGUGUACAUUCCAGUUUGAAUUUGGAGUUGCUGGCGCAACAGUCUGGCGGUCUGCAUCCAGUGUCAACGCUGCCAACGAUCACCGAAUCCAAGGUGGUGGAGGUCAAUGCUCAAUCGCCGCCCAAUCAAAGCACCGCCGCCGAUAGCAAUGGCCAAUUAUCGGCGAGAUCGGGUCGCCGUUCGCAUCGCAACUCGGAGAAUGAGCACAGUCCGUAUCACUCACAGGAUGCGAUGACACGGAAUGCCUCGCAGCCCGCCUUUCUCGCUGGCGAUCAUCAAAGUCUUCCCAAGAAUGGGUCGGUGCCAUCAUUCAGCCGUGUGCGCAAGACAUCUGCCAGCGAGCGUUAUCAGCCCUCGCUGGCGGCCAUACGUGCCUCCUCCCGCGGCGACCUCGAGGCGGGCACUGGCGGUGACUUCAAUACUUCCAAAUUGUCACUGUCCCAGCGACAGGGCAGCUCCAGCGGCAGUGCUGGACGCAUGGUGCGACCCAUGUCCCGUAAGGAUAUCUUCUAUUCCGGCUCCGUUACGAAUUUGCCACAGUAUCAAUCCCAGAAGUCGCUGACAAACUAUCGCAACUCGGUCCUGUCGCUCACCAAGUACGAGAAGAGCAUGCAAAGCGUGCGACUGGAUCCACUGGCGGAGGCGGAUAAACAUCGCGAGGAAUACGAUCUAUGCCCGUGCCUUUGCAUACCGGAUUCGGUGAAAUCUGUGGUGAACACCAUGCUGGAUGUGAGUCUGCUCAAGGAUCCCGUGUUCAUGCUAAUGGGUGUCUCCAACAUAUUCGGCAUGGCUGGACUCUAUGUACCUUUUGUCUAUCUGGUGGAUGCGGCCAAGGAGCAUGGCAUUGCCAAAAACGAUGCCGCAAUGCUGCUCUCCAUCAUUGGCAUCACGAACACGGUGGGACGUGUCUUCUGCGGUUGGGUGGCAGACUUGCCACAAGUCAAUUCGCUGCUGCUGAACAACAUCUGUCUGCUGAUCUCGACGGUGGCCGUCAGUUUGACACCACUGUGCUACAGUUAUACCGCCUAUAUAGCCAUGUCGGUUGCCUUUGGAAUUGCCAUCUCUGGUUACAUUUCGCUAACGUCAAUUAUACUCGUGGAUCUGCUCGGUCUGGACAAGCUAACGAAUGCCUUUGGACUGCUCAUCCUGUUCAGAGGAUUUGCGGCCUUGAUUGGCACACCGUUAGCGGGCGCCAUCUAUGAUUUAACGCACACCUAUGAUCUGCCCUUCUAUAUGGCUGGAGCACUGUUUGCCAUAUCGACGGCGACUAGCUUCUUGGCGCCGUGCAUGAAACGCUUUACUGGAUCGGAUGAGACGCCUGUGCAUGCGGAAACGCUGACGCCCAUCGAUGAGGAGCAGGGCGAGGAGGAUGCCGAAGAUGAAGAUGAGGAUCAACCCAUUACCAUGGUCCCAAAAAUCAUCAAAACUCUGCCCAGUCCACAGGAACAGGACGAGUCCCGUCAAUUUCCACCCACAACGACGCAACAAAAAACACAAACAACAACGGAAUCAAAGCUCUAAGCAACAAGAAUUUAAAGUAGGGAAGAGUGUGAGAACAGAGUACAGAAGAAACUACAAAUAUAUGAAUAAAGUCAAGAGAGAGAAGAGUGGAGUCAAAAAGAAAGUCUAA